AUGGCUACUGUGGACCCCAACGCCAAGUUUAUACCAUUGGAAGGCCUUUCCUUAGCGAUAGUCGUUGUGUCUUUGGUUUUUCUGUUUUUCUCGGCCUUGACGGUGGGUGGAAGAACAUACGUAAGGCUCAUAAACGGAGUGUUCGGCUUGGAUGAUAAUUUGAUGGUUUUUGGAACGUUUGUGUACGCUGCCGCUGUCGCCUUAUCAUGUUACGCCGCUUCCGUGGGUCUUGGUUCCCGAGACGACAAACACAAUGAGUUCUUCUCCGAGGAAGGCAAGAAAUACUUCACAAUAUGGAUCCUCGUAUACGUCCAUGCCCUCGCCACGGUGAAGAGUUCUGUCUGCGUGACAUUACUGCGAAUCGCAGGAACAAGGCAAGCGAUGCAGAGAGCGGUUUGGGUGUUGCUGGUCAUCACUUGGGCUUCUUACCUCGUAACCUUCAUCGGUGACAUGCUCGUCUGCCGUCCGCUAGAAGCAUCUUGGAAACCAUCCUUGGUGCUCUCUAGCGAGGCAUAUUGCGCACCAAUGGAGGUGAUGAUCGGUCUUAGUCACACCGCAACGGGGUCCACUGUCGCGACAGACUUAGCUUGCGCGGUGUUGCCAGGUAUCAUAUUGUGGAAUACUCAGAUGGACAAGAAGUCGAAAUGGUCGGCGUAUGCUCUGUUGUCUUUCGCUUCUAUAGAUGACUCGCAGAGAACUUCCCGAAAACCUUGGGAUCGCUUUAGUCCAAAGUCCCUCAUCACGUUCGGCAGCUUGCCCAACCACGAUCGUGGAUCAGGAUCCCGAACCAAAUUUCGCAACCCGACCGAUGUGGGUUUCAGUCUUACGACGGUCCACGCUCAGGGCAAUUGGGAGCAGCUGAAGGAUGGAGACCCAGAUAAAGACCCAUCUGCAGAGAGCGGUGUCCACGGUAGUGGGAUUCGAGCCGAUUAUACGUAUGCGGUGGAACGAUCGCAGUCACCAGGACAUGGCAAAUCAUUUUAUAUUAGCGGCGACGAAGCAGUUUCUCCGUUGUAA